AUGGCAGCGGCGAUGACAAUCGCGCUCAAGAACGCAGCACCAGAGACAAGUACGCGUUUGUAUGUGCAGAAUCUUCCUGCCUACGUAGACUCUGCACGACUGCGAGCACACUUUGCGGCACAGGGUGAAGUGACGGACGCUUGCGUGAUCCGCACCAAGGACGGCAGCAAAUCUCGACGCUUUGGUUUUGUGGGCUUUAAGAGCGACAAGCAGGCGGAUCAGGCGCGAAAGUUUUUUCAUCAGAGUUUCUUUGAUACGUGCAAGAUUAAUGUGCGCGUGGCAUUGUCGAAAGAGUCUGAUGAGAUGGAUCGGCCAUGGAGCAAAUAUUCGGCAGGGAGUGAACGCUACCAGAAGUUGCAUCCGGAGUCAGGCGUCGUAGCGACCUCUUCUACAGAAGCAAAGACUUUUUCGGAGAAGAAGAUUGGGAAGGACGUGGAAGCGAGUGGAGAUUUCAAGGAGUUCAUGGAGACGAUGCAAGCUCGAUCAAAGACUAAAUUUUGGGCUAAUGAUGAUGUUCAAGGGCCGGCGGACGAAAACGCAUGCUCCACAGGUGCGGAUAUUGCUGAGGCGGAGGACAGCGAUGAUGAAUACCAAGAUCUUGAAACAGUCAAGUCUGAUGAUGGUGAUGAGGAUGAGAAUAAUGCCAAGAGUGAGAAGCAGAACAAAAUGUCGGAAGCGAUGUCAGACAUGGACUUCUUGCGGUCCAAGGUAAGCAAGAGUAUCGAAAAGGAUGGCGACGAUAAAGACAGCAACGAGUUAGUGGAUGAUGGUGAAGAUGGAAAAUAUAACGAUGAGUCUGCGAAGGGUAAAAAGAACGCUGCGUCUGGUGAAGCGGAGGUCGGUGUUGAAGACGACAAACCCACUGCACGUUUGUUCGUACGGAAUCUACCAUUUACCGCUGUAGAGGAGGAUCUUGAGACUUUGUGUUCAACGUAUGGACCGGUGAACGAAGUGCACAUGCCGCUGGAUGAAACUCGUCGACGUAAGGGCUACGGUUUUGUCCUUUUCCACACUACGGUAGACGCCCAAACAGCUUGCACAGCCUUAAAUGGUAUGGCGUUCCAGGGUCGACGCCUGCACGCGAUGUAUGCACGCUCAAAGCCUGUCAAGCUUGACCCGGAAGCAGCUCUCGCAGACACCAACUUGACGUACAAGCAACGUAAGGAGUUGGAGCGCCAGAUUCAAGCUCAAAAGAAGACAGGCUGGAACGCUUCUUACAUUCGCGGAGACGCAACUGUGGGCUCGCUUGCUGAGCGCAUGGGUGUGAAGCGCGGUGAUAUCAUGGACAAAGAACAGGGAAACAUGGCUGUGCGUUUAGCUAUUGGUGAAACCAUGCUAGUGAAGGAAAACAAAGACUUUUUUGCGCGAGAAGGCCUGGACUUGAAUGUCAUUGAAAGCGCACUUGUGAAGAAGCCGAGCCAGCAGCCGUCGAAGAAAAUCGAGCGAAGCACCUCCGUUAUUCUGAUAAAAAACUUGCCACAUACUACUGAGGAGGAAGAGUUGGCACAGCUAUUCCGAAAGUACGGUGAGGUCGGUCGCUUCCUAUUACCACCAUCGAAAACGCUAGCAGUAGUCGAGUUUUUGGAGCCUUCAGAAGCGCGCAAGGCCUUCCGUUCACUAGCCUACAAGAAGUACCAGCAUGUGCCGCUCUAUCUGGAGUGGGCUCCUAUCAAAGUGUUCGACCAAUCUGCUUUUGCUUCUUCCAGCGUCAAACCAUCUGCGUCCGACCAGAAGGGUAUCAAAACGACAUUAUCCGUCGUGCCUGAUGUUGACGAUGAUGGUGACACCGCUGUGGAUGAUGCAUGCCAUACUAUUUGUGUGAAGAAUUUGAAUUUCUCUACAAAGGAGGCCGAUUUAGAAAAGAUUUUUGCGCGCUGUGGUAAGCUGCGCAAGGUCACUGUCGCCCGCCGAAAAGACCCAAAGCGCGGUAUGCUGUCAAUGGGUUUUGGCUUUGUAGAGUACGUAGAUGCCAAGCACACUGAGAGUGCACUGCAAACGCUUCAGAGCAUUGUUGUUGAUGGUCAUGCGCUGAACCUGAAGCUUUCUCAGAAGAAGGCAUCAGCAGCUCCAAAGCGUGCGGCUGGCGAGGGCGACGGCUGCAAAUCGAAAAUAAUUGUUCGCAACGUUGCAUUCGAGGCAACGAGCAACGAAAUUCGCGAGCUGUUUGGUGCGUUUGGCCAGCUUAAACGUGUACGCAUGCCAAAGAAGUUUGACGGCAGACACCGUGGUUUUGCUUUCGUGGAGUUCCUGACAGAGCAAGAAGCCCGGAAUGCUUUCUCGGCUCUUGCCAGUUCGCAUCUGUACGGCCGACAUCUUGUUCUUGAGUGGGCGGAGGAUGCAGACGACAUUGAUACAUUGCGAGCCAAGGCCACACGUGAUCUGACUACUAUCAAUGACAGCGAUCGUCGCAAGCGCAUGAAGCGACAGAAAGAGGAUGACGAAGACGACAUGGAUUUCUAA